ACAAUUCUAUUUUAUCAAUUUGUUUAAUGAACAACGGGAAAUUAAGAUCAAUAUAUAUCAAAAAUAUUGCAAAUUUAUUUGAUAAUAAAGAUGAAAUAUUUAAUCCAGCAAUUAAAGAAAUCAAUUCAGUUUCCUUGGUUAAGAAAAUAUUUUCGGGACUUUUGCCAUUUGAAUUUGCAAAACAUCCAUUUAAUAAACCGCUCUCUUUGGAAUGCUUUUAUUAUGAUGACAAAGCAUUAAUUACUACUAUUGAAAAUGAUCUCAAAAUAACUGUUGGGAUAUUGGAGAAUGACCAUACCCAGCUCGAUAAGCACACCUUCGAAAUAGCUGAUUAUUUACCCUUUCCCAUACCUCAUCAACCCUGGGAUUCGCCAGCUUCCACCUCCGCUAUAACCUUAAAAAUAUUGUACUUGGUCGAAAAUGUUAGCGCGACCGAAAAUUUGGAAGAAAAUGGGGAAGGAAUGAUGGAAGAUCCCCAAAAUUCGGCAACGUUGCUACCCGUCAUCAGACCCUACCUCUGCUUGAUUCUACCCUUCGCCACCUGCGAAUUUGGUAUACCCAACUCUAUACUAUUGCUCAAAUUGAUUUUGGAUCAGCCAACCAAGAUGGGUAAAAAUGAUGGGAUAGAUGUAGCUUUGGUUAAACAUCUGACUUACCCUAGUCAGGCUCUGUAUAAAGACAUAACCCUGAUUAAAGGAAACGUAUGGCUAUCGGUGCUAGAUGAGACUGGUAACGCUUCCAUACUUUAUAGACGAUUAAACGAUUCUUCGAUGAUCGAAAAUGAUUGGCUUAAGGUAUGUACCCCAAGCCUAUUACGCCCACACGAAAAUGUGUCAUUUAACGGUUAUUCUUACUCGGAUAUCGCGGACGUGGUAUUUUCGCCUUACGCGUUUCGCUCGCAAGAUAUCCUAAACGCUUUCAAGAUCGUUACCAAAGGUAAAAUUCAUAUAACCGAAACUCAUCGUCGCCAGAAGAGGUCAGAACUAAAAUCGAUUUUGAUCGCCACGCUUAAAACGCUGAUUCCCUCGUUGAUCAGCGAUACCCAAGUUUACGAUUUGGAUUUAGUGCUGCAGGAUGUCCUUAGAGAAAUUUAUAAAGAAUGCUUGCUCUGUGACAAGCGUUCUUCAAUUCCGAUUGGUUUCUGCCGACAAAACUUUACGCUAAAUUCUCGAUCGAAUCAUUCCGGAAGCGCGCGUUUCUCUCCUCUCACUAUCCUUUGCUCCGGUACUCGACUCCCGUUUAACGACGCGGAAUCGUUGCCGGAUUAUUCGGCGGAUAAUUUGCUCGAUACAAAUGAUUACGAUUGUCUCCCCUAUGCCUCCUCUAUAUAUCCUACGGAUCAUAUGGAAGAAGAUGAAGUUAACUCCUUCCGAAUACUCAUGGAAAAGCUAUUGCAGCAUGUUGAUAACACGGAAUCUUCGCUAGAUGAUGUUAUUUUGCAAAACUAUUUUCCCCUAUUGUAUCCCAACACCAAUAAGGAUAAUCCCUUCCAAAAAAUUAAAGAUUGCAGGAAUGUGAUUGGUGGAUAUGUCGAUCGCCUAUUUGCUAAUCCUAUAAACUUGUUAAAGGUGAAGGACGCCUUCGAAAGUUUAUUCCCUUGUUACCGCGAGCUCGGGGAGAUUAUCCGCAAACUUUCCGCGUUAUCGUCGAAAACAUUUUUGGAGGAAGAUUUUUGCGAUUUCCCGUUGACGGACGGCGACAGCGCGAUGGCCGAUGACGAGAAUAUGUGUUACGACGCUCUCAACGGGGAUCUAUCUUGCAAAUACCUUCUUAGCGUCGUUUUAUUUAGAAUAAAAUUUCAAUUCCUGCCGGCCCUCGUCCUUUCCACCCUUUUGCAGGAAAUGUUCAAACAUUUCCAUUCGUUCCUCCACCUGUUUGAUGUCGAUCAAACGCGAGAUUUCGAGUUUACCGAAAUCUCUAAAGUCUCUGACAGCGAUACCCUGAGAAAUGAGUUAGAAGAUGCCACCUGCGCCAUCAGCGUUACGCUCUCCCGCCUCUUUUACUUGACCUGGUUCUCGGGCGUCGUUAUGGUGUCCUCCGACACGAGGAAUUCAAAGAACCUCGCGAAGCAACAAUUAGAAUUACUGAAAAUCGACUCCAUAUGUUCCAUCUCUGACCACGAAGAUUCUGCUUCGCCGAACGAAACCGUUCUUUUCGAUUUGAAUAAAACACUAAAACAACAAAUUCUGGCCCAUUCGAAUAUCGACAUCGAAAAUUCGCAAGAGGACCACGAGGCCGACCAUAUCCAGAUUCUACAAAAUCGAAUCCUCAGAUAUAUAUGGCCCUGUGACACCUCCAAAUUCACGUCACCGACGACGAGCUCUCAUGCUCGUCAUUUGGAAUCGAACGUUUACGACAUCGUGUUUUACCUUUUCGCGAAGUGCCAAUUUAAAACUCUGAUAACGUACAUCGAACUCGUGAAACCGUUCCUAAAUUCCCGCCAAGAUGCUCAUUUUUUUAACGGCCAAGUCAGUGUAAUCAAGGAAGCCUCCCUUAACGAUACUCAUAAAAUUGGGAACUUCCUCGACUUUUUCCAGGCUCUAGGCUUACUUAACAAGUAUAGCGUAUCACAAACACCUCCCGACUCGGGACGUUUCGAAGAUUUGGAGUUAGCCAGAAAGAUAUUUCUUCGAAUCUCCUACGAUAUUCCCGGAAACGAUCCUUUUUUCCGGAAUUUAGGUAUUUUCGAUCCCAUUCCUACUAUUCCUACGACGCGCAAUCCGGAUGAGGUUCGGGAGGAAGGCGGAAUCGGAAAAAUAUUGAAUAUCGUAUAUCGGCUACGCUACUUUUUUAAACUGAUAGGCGUUUAUGACAUUCUAAAACUCUCGAAGGAAAUUAUGAGACUCCUACAGCAUAUGAUCGUGCAAUUAGACGCCUGCAAUGACAUUCUAGCUAAAAUCUCCCCAAAUCACACAGACAGAGAUGGUUUAAUUGAAUACCUAAAUCAAGUCAGUCACAAAUUAUGGUCCACUAAAUUCAAGUAUUCUAUGGAAGAGAAAGAUUUCAACUCGGCUUUCGCUGCUAUCCAAAGGCACACGGAUUACCCUACAGUAGAUUGUCUUCGAGUCUUCCUCAACACCCUGUACGCCAAAAAUGUUUUGGAAGUUAUCGCGAGGAUAGAGUACGACGACUUGUACCAAGAAGCGACGGAUAUCCUGAAGCUCUGCGUCGAUAAUCGCCAAUACUCCAUCGACAGUUACUCGAAUGGUUCUUCUACGAUGAGUAUCCAGGAAAUCGAAGAAGUCAUUAAUGAGAGCGGUCAUAAUUUUUUGUACGCCUUUUACGUGGAUCAUGGUGAUCUAACAUCUGCUUUAUCGAUAAUGAUGGAGUUGGCUCUAAAGUGCGGAAAUCUCGUUAAAAAUGUCAUCAACACGUCUUCCAGCUUUGAUGACUAUUACCCGGUUUUUAUUAGCGUCGCUCAGGUCAUGGCCAGAGCUUUAUUGACAGUCGUGAACGGCGUGAACAUAGAUCCUCGCAUAAAAUUUGUGCCUGUAGUGAUACAAAAAAACGAAAAGAUUCGUGACGACAAAUUGGUGGAACUAAUGGAUUCUAAUCUGAGAGAGACGGAGGAUGCGAUAGAUGAAAAGGCCGUAUCUUCCGCGACUAAACCCCUGGAUUACCGCGACAUCAUGACGUUCUACUUGUUAGUCAGCUCGCUCUUAAAAUUGGAGAUCGUCAAUCCUAAGCGCAACAAUGCCUCGCAAACUAUCGAGCUAUUCACGGAUCACAUUAUCGGUUUCCCACCGAUAAAUGGGGCGACAUCGGUGACCGUUACGAUAAACGGAGUUUGCGAUUCUCUUUGCGUCUCCGGCUCAUUCAAGGACGCCUUCGCCUUGAUAUCCAACCUGAUCCAGACCAAACCGUCCCCCAACGAAAUCAUUUACACACUGUUGGAAACGUUCUUCGAAAAUUUGGCUAAAGUGUGCAGCAUUUUAGAAAUCAACGAAGGAUCCCUUGUUAAAGUCAGAAAUUUAUUGGGUCGGAAUUAUCAAUGGAAUUGGUUAACGGAUUCCACGGCGGAAGAGUCGCGUUCUUUGAUGCCCACCAAAAAUUACGACCAAAAGGCGUGGAAUAUAGCUAGACGGCAUUUAGAAACUUUUUAUGACUCCGAUGCUACAUCCACCUUUUUCAAAGUUGCCAGGAAAAGCUUUGGUAGAGCGGUAGUGUCCAUGAACGUACCCUUACCAAUAUGGUUGAUUCAAAGUUACAAAUUAACCCCCGAAUCGUUGCCAGAAUUGUUAAGGCAUUUCUUGAUAUAUCAGAAGUUCGACGAAUCUUAUCAGACAGCUUUAUUGAUGUUAGACUCAAAAUUAGGAGUACUGAAUGAACCAAAGACUGACAGCAAGAAGGUGGAUUCGUUAUGCCCAGCAUACAUCUCUUUGCAACCCAUCCAAUUCCUGCUUCACUUGCUGAAGACUCGUCUCGAUAAUGUCAUCAAUGACAACGAUUUGUCCCGGCUGGACACCUACGAUUAUUACGAAAAUCUCCACUCUACAUUAGAAACCAAAUUAAUGGAAUACGUCAAUAAGAGCGAAAUACUGGCGAGAAACCGGAUUUAAAGAUGUGAAAAAUGUCGCCAUUUUAUUAAAAAAAAUUUUUUUUAUUUAUUCGCAUUUUUUAUAUUCAUAAACAAUUUUCGUGUAAAUAAAAUAUGUUAGAUUAUAUCGAUUUAUUAUAUUGAAUUAUAUUACAUCCCUAUCAAAAAAA